GCUUCGCUUCAGCUUUAAACACGACCUGACCGCGGUAGACAUACUCACAAUCGUUGAUUCAACCUGAAAGAGAUAAGUUCAGCACGAUGGAUGACAUCAGUAAGUGUUCCGAAGACGAAGUGUUUUGGUUUGGACUGUUUGACGACGUUCCGGAAGGUGUGCUGCAUCCCUUGCUGAUCGACGACUGCGAGGACGAAGCAGAGACGAAACGUAAGCUCAAAUUGCAAGCUGGGAAUAUCUACAAGCCGGUAGAUGGGCUAACUCAACUGCAUCGGGCACUCCGACAGAAGAGAGAGGCUAGCAUAAAGCAGUUGAUUGACGCAUAUCAGGAAGAUUUCGAGAAGGUUGGGAGUUAUUUGGAGACGCAGUUUGGGUGGUAUUUGGCUGAUCGAGUUUGGUUGAGGAAGACCAUACUGGUAGCGAGUAGCGAAGACGAGUGUCGAACUGCGAAAAGUUUGGAAAACAAGAGGAUCAGUUGCGAACAGUUGCGUGAAGCAGUGUUUGUACUGCUACAACACCCGGUGAACGGCGAAGAAGUGGCGAUACUUCAUCCAAAUGAUUCAACUCGACUGUCAGUCAUUCAGCUGAUCACCCGGUUGAUCCCAAAUGGCUUCCUGUCCUGGAUCUGUCAAGAAACCAACGGAAGACGUGAAACGAUCAUGGAAACGGCCGCAUCACAAGGCUUGAACCAUGUGAUCGUUCGCCUGCACGAGUUGGGAGCACCGAUCGCCAUUCCGGAGCACAACCCGUUGCUGUCAGCUUGUCGAUCCAGCAAAAAGGACACGAUCGAGCUGCUGCUCACCAGGUUCUUUGACAGCUUUGACUGUACCCUUCGGGAUGGAGACAAUUGCAACGCAGUGAUCAUGGCAAUGAGCAUGAAUGAUCCAAAAGUUUUCGAUCUUUGCCUGGAGAAGCUGAUCGCGUAUCGUCAGCAGUAUUACCACGAAACAGAGUCACAAGCAUUCAACGAGUUGAUUCGGUUUGAGAACGACGAGUCGACGGCAUCGUCAGCUUUUACCCUUUGUCGAAAUAGGGUCAAAGGUCGAGUAGAGCAUGCCAUAGAGAAGUACGGUAUCGAUCUCUCGUACCAGUGGAAGGAGGUAACCUUCUUGGUGUGCAUGCUGAGCAGAAAAAUUGCCACGGAAUUCUGCUACGAGGGCAUCCGACGCGAUCCGCAACUUCUCCGAAUGAUACGGCAUACGAAAUUCCUUGCAGGGGUUGAACAAUCAUUCGCUGACGUGGGUUUCGACGUGUCCAACUUGGACGACCUACCACAACCGUACUCCACUGUUAGAGGAUCCAAAGGAGAGACACUUCUCCACCUGGCGGUCGAAAAAGACGACCGAGAACUGUACACCAAGCUGAUCGAGGCUGGUUGUGAUCCGGACACGCUGGACAACGAAGGCAAUCAUCCGAUUCAUUUCGUGAAGAGCGAAGCUAUGCUGGAUCUGAUCAUCGAGCGACAUCCAGAAGGUCACAAGCUGGUUAAACUAUCUAAUCAGGACGGAUUUACGGUUUUGCACAAGCUUUGCUCGCUUCGGAUGGAAGACGAGCCGCUCAUCUCGAUGCUGAAGAAGGUGAUCGACCUUGGAGCGGACGUUCACCAGUUGACCAACGAGGGAGAAUCGGUCGUGUUCUUCUUGGGAAGUUUAGCCGCUCUGGAGAUGUUCAGGAAGCUCAACGUUCAACUCGACACGACGAACAAAGACGGCGAAACCGCACUGAUGCGACAUCUGAGACAAGGAACCACCUGGAUGACACGUGAGCUGUUGCCCCUCCUUCACCAGCUGCCAAAGUUUGAAGAGCAUGCCCACAAGUAUCUGGAGGCGAUGCUUAGCUGUACUCGUGAUUUUUUCGAAUGUUUCUAUCAAGUCGCUUUGGAGCAGAACCCGGAAGUGACCAAGUUGAUGUUCGACUCACUGUUCAAGCACUCCCGCGAGGAGGCCUCCCGAGUGUUCAGCAAAGUUUGCGGAACUGCGCACAGCUAUGCUGUGGGAAAGUUUUUGGAGUUUGACUACGAUCUGGACUACAAUUACCAGGAUGAGUACGGAAACACCCCGAUAGUGGGACUGCUGAGCUACAUGGAGGAGCCGAACAAGCACAUUGUGGAACAGUUGCUCCAGAAGGGUGUUCGUCUUCACAUCCGUAAUGACAGAAGUCAUGACGCACUGCUAGCCUUUGUUGAGCGAUUUCGCAUUGCCAAGUGGUGGGGACAUGACGCUGAAACGGUACAGCUUCUGGUGGAUCAUGGUGCAGCUGUAAAUACAGUCGACGGGGACGGGAAUACUCCGCUGCACUUGGCGUUCAGAGAUGGAGAAGUGGAGCUGGUUGAAGUUCUAGUCCGGAAUGGAGCCGAUCUCAGUGUGACGAAUAAGAAAGGAAAAGUGCCGCUGCAGAUGGCGUCUUCUGUCAAUCAAGAGUUGUUUUAUUUCUUGAGAUAAAAAUAAAGAAAUUUCAA